AUGGGCUUCAAUGAAGUCAUUCUCAAUCUCCCCCAACCGCCUUCGAUCUGGUUUGUUCUCAUUGCCACGACCGUUUCUGCCUUAUUAUACCCUUUCAUCCUAAGUCGGAAAUCUCGGAUCGAUGGAUCAGACGAAAAACUGAGCAAUCGGUUGCCGGAAAAUCCCAAACGUUUUCGACCAGCCACCAAACCAACUGCCCCGGAACUAUCAUUCAGAGAGUUGGAAUUCUACAAAGACCUCUUUUUCAAGCUGCAAAAUCUCGAGAGCUACCCGGAUGUCCUCCCAAUUGCCCGGCAAUCGAUACUAUGGCUGCUGUCCGAAGCAUUGAAAGAUUAUACGAAAAGCCCUCAAACCAAUAUCUUAUCACUGGAAACCUUCGAUGAAGAAAAGCUCUGUCGCUUCCUCGGAGACCAUCACAGCAGGGUCACAGCUCAAUACAAGGAAUACAUUGAGCUAAGAGAUUCGGGUGGUCCUAGGCAGCUGGUUCGCGACCGACAUGAUGCAGAGCGCUGGCUGCGAAAGAUUGCACCGCUGAAGCUCGUCGACGGCGCCUGGCUGGGUCAUCUGAAUAAGAUCAGCAUACCAUUCGCCUUGCGUCCUAUCAUGAAAAAGACUUGGCAGAUUUUCACCGAGGAGCUGGGAGAUGGAAAUCAUCAGCAACAUCAUGUUUACAUCUACGAAGAGCUCUUACGGCAGGUCGAGCCAGAUCUGCCCAAGCCAACGACGAAAGAAAUUCUCCACCCUCGAUACGGAUUCAACAGUAUCAAAUACUGGCGGGGUGCUGUGGCUCAGUUGAUGAUCUCUCUGUUUCCGGAAGAGUUCUUCCCCGAGAUAUUGGGAUUCAACAUGCACUUCGAAAUGCUGCAAUUGGAUACCAUGCAGGCGGCAAAGGAGCUUCCGGAGGUUGGCUUCGAUCCGUAUUACUUCCUGCUUCAUGUUUCCAUCGACAACUCCCACUCCGGUCAUGCUGCAAUGUCAAUGGAGUGCCCCGUGAGCUACGUGCAGCAAAUCGAACAAACCAAAGGCAAGGAGGCUGCUCGUAUUGCAUGGCGGAGAGUUCAGGCUGGGUAUAUCUUGAGCGAGUGGCUGGCUUCAACGAAGGACGAGGCGACAGGAAUCCCUUUACAGAUCAAUCGCACUCCCUGUAGCCAGCUUGAGAGCCGAGUGACUGCUAUCUUCCGCGCCAAAGCCCAAGCUGCACAGGGAUUGCAUUGCGGAUGCAAAGUGAAGAUCGGCAAUCGCCAUAUCGACGAAUGGCUGAGCCCGGGUGAAUUUGGGAGAGAGAAAUGGCAAAAGGACUUUGUUGAUUCUCUGAGUCGGUCUAAGCCGUGGGUCUAUCCUGGUGAUAGUAACAAAAGCAGAUUGGUACGCGAGUUGCGUUGGGGUGGAAAAAUGUUCGGCUCCUUCACGAGAGACGAGCUUUUGGACUUGGAGCACUGGAUUGACUCUCUUCGACCACAUCGCAUCCCAUUCUAUUACGAUUUUGUCGGCCUGGCUGAAUCCGCCCCUUGUCAAGGCUGCGAAGGCUCGGAUGUUGCAAAGGCAGUAUUUGGUACAUCCGGGGUCUCAGAUGAUGCUGACGAUACCUUGACUUCACACUCUAAACAACAACUGAGAAAAUUGGAAUUUACUGCCUCCGACCUUGACCUGACCCGCCUUUUGCCUCUUUGGAUCACGCAAUGCUGUCUCCUAGAAUCCUACGUUUACGCCCCAGCUCGAACAAGCGACAAGAUUGGAUGCGCAGUGGUGCGCCUGUUACGAGCUCAGCUGGGAUUCGAAACAGAGGGCAUUAUGGUCACAGGCAUAGACGAGCCACAUCAUGAUGGAGAUAGUGGUAUCGUCGGAAUUGGCCUUGAGAUGAUCAGGCGAGCUUUUCUUCCCGUCCCCCCAGACUUGAAGUCAGUCCUAGCUCGCUGGCCAUCCAGCUUUGCGGAAAAGAUGCUCCGUCUGUCAUCAAAACCGCUGCAAAAUUUCGGUACGUUACUUGGAAUCUCCAUGGCAUUGCUGGAGCUGCAGGAAGUUGUAUCAAAAUCUGCGGACUCGGGCAUCAUCUCGUCUCAGAGUGGCGUCUGUCUGCAGGAAUUGGUGCGAAGACAAUACCACCAGUUGGAAGAGUGCCGGCAAUGUAUAUCCACGGACGAGAAGCUGCUCGCAAAUUAUUCGCAGGGCUACGCUAUGGCGCUGUUGGAGAUUGAAAAGUGUGUGAAGUCGGCAUGA